CAAAUUGCUGACUGUGAAAAGAUAAACAAAACAGCUGCAACCAAAAACUAAGCACAAAUUACACAAAAGAAAUAAAAUUAUUUAUUGUAAAAUAAAUAAAUAAAUAAUGUCGCUGCUAGAGCAAUACGAACAGCAGUAUGCAGCGCUGAUUGCUGAAAUAACGGCACACAUUGGUCGACUGCAACAACAAAGUGCAAGCGAACGCAAUGAGCUGUGUAACAAAAUCGAUGGCAGUCUAUCGGAGGCGCAGGAGCUGCUGGAACAAAUGGGUCUGGAGGUGCGGGAACUGAAUCCUGCUCAACGCAGCAGCUUCAAUGGCAAACUGCAAGUGGCUCAAGCCGAAUUGAAGCGCCUGCAAACAGAAUACAAGCAAACCAAAGACAAGGCGCGCUCUCAGCAGUCAAAUGCGGCCUACACUACGUUGGAUUUAGGUGGCAGUGAUUAUUACGAGGAUGUGUCCAUUAGCAACGAUCAGCGACAACGGCUGCUCGACAAUUCCGAGCGCAUUGAGCGCACCGGCAAUCGGCUCACUGAAGGAUAUCGCGUCGCACUGGAAACUGAGGCUUUGGGUGCCCAGGUGCUCAAUGAUUUGCAUCAUCAACGCGAGACGCUGCAAGGCGCACGCGCUCGUCUGAGGGAAACGAAUGCGGAACUGGGACGCGCCUCCCGCACCCUCAACACAAUGAUGCUGCGCGCACUGCGCGAAAAGGUCGUCCUCUAUGGCGUGGGCGUUUGCUUUGUGGUUGCUGUCGGAGUCAGCCUCUACUUAACGUUUGCUCCCAGCACAUCGGCGGCCACGUCAUAGUCUGGAUUAGAUUACAUUAUAUAAGUUGUAAAUUUACAAAUGUCACGUUGCCCACAUUCCUGGAUUUAGCAAAUUGUUUAUUUAUUUUUCGUUUUAGCAUUUAGUUUUGUCCAUUUGCGAGUUGUCUAAACAUUAUUAUGUAUGUAUGUACUUGUAUAUUGAAAAUGUUUGUAGCAUCCUACAUAUAAAGUAACUACUAUACUUAAAUUUAAACUAUGA